AUGUCGACUUCUCCGCAAUUUUCCCUCGCCUCUGCAGAACACAUUGACCCUAGCCCUGGAGAUAACAAAGCGCUCUUCGAGCAGAUUGAUACCCUAGCAGUGGAAGAUCUUCAUAACGAAAGGUCACCCCCGAUGAUUCCAUCUUCAGCUACCUGGUCAGAAGAUGUGAUGGCAGAAUUGUCAUCAAGCAACCUAAAGUCAAUUCUGGGAGAGGAUCGAGGCAAGGCCAUCCCUUGUAUCCCUAAGACCACACGAAUUGUCAUCAAAGCGCGGGGAGGACAGAAGUCAAGCCCUAUAGACUACCUCGAAGAUGAUUUAGCAACACGUCAGUAUGGUCCUACGGAUAGCGAGGUGGACAAUGCCGCCCGCUUUGCUCGAUAA